AUGGCAUUUUUAGAGUUUCGUAAAUUUGUAUUUUUUGACACACAAAAUAAUAUCGACAAUGGGAAGAUAGCCGAAUGUAUACAGGAUACAAAUGUUAAAGUAGCUACGAGUGGCAAAGGCCAUGUUGUGUUGUGUGACGUGACAGGUUGGGCACACCUUAUAUCACACUCAUGGCAGAUUACUUCCUUCAAAGCUUAUGAGCUGACAAUUUCUCUGGCUCAACAGCUUCCUCAUGAUCCAUAUCUGGUUACUGUAGGGGAUGACGAAGCUGGAGUGAAUCCUUUAAUCAAAGUAUGGGACUGGUCUCGCAGUGACCGACAUGGCAACCCAACUCUGGCAAGGGUAUCUCGCGCUGUACCUUCACAUAUGCGCCCCACGCCUGCCACUGCCCUAGCUGUACACGAAAAUAAGAACUUGUUAGCAGUCGGCUUCCAAGAUGGAUCGGUAUCGCUCUUUAGAGGGGAAAUCGCACGACAGCGCAGCGGAAAAAUGAGAACUCUGCCUGAUUCUGGAAAUAGUCCUAUAACUGGACUAGCUUUCAAAGGUGCAGACAAACUAUUUGUGGUAUCUCGAGCGUCCAUUUCUGUCGUCUGGUUAACCUCGGAGCGGUGUGUGACAUUAGACGAGAAGGGUGCCGCCCCGCUGUGUUCUGUACUCAGCGAUAAACAUGGUCUCACUGUCGCCCAUGAUGAUGCAAUAUACUGUUACACCACUGAAGGACGAGGCCCUUGCUACGCGUUAGAAGGAGAGAAGGUCCGGUUGGACUGGUUCCGCAGCUACCUCAUCAUCACAACCAACGAAACCCCCUACAAAACAGCCGCGUCCACGAGCACCGCACCAGCGCCUAAGUCACACCACAAAAACUUGUACGAUGUCGCUAUUAGAAUAGCGAGCAGUCAGCAUUACGAUGUUGAAGGUCUGACGGAGAUUUACAAGCAGUAUGGUGAUCAUUUAUAUAGCAAGGGUGACUUAAAAGGUGCGAUCGACCAUAUUUGGAGGAACUGCAAUAAGAAGGGUUAUGCUACUGAAGAUCACACGACGUUGCUGCUCACUUGCUACGUGAAGAUAGACCAACAUGAUCAUCAGGGGAAGCUGAAAGACUUCAUCAAUUCCAAAGAUAAAUCCAUUGAUUUUGAUGUCGAUGUUGCCAUUAAGGUGGUUCGCCAAGUAAGUAUAGACGAUGCGUUAUCUCUCGCCGCGAACCACAAGCGCCACGACUGGUACCUCACCAUGAUGAUUGAGAACAAGAAGGACUUUGCCAAAGCACUUGACUAUAUCGAGGACCUAGAGUUUGAAGAUGCUGAUAACUAUAUGAAAAAGUAUGGACACAGACUCAUGCAGCAUGUGCCUGAGGAAAGUACGAAGUUCUUAAAGUUACUCUGCACAGAUUAUAAACCUCGUAGCAAGCCAUUGGUUGAUGAAAGUUCCUUGUCGGGUGGGUUUAGACAACCCGACCGUUCCCACCCAGAUGACUAUAUACAUAUAUUCCUAAGUAACUCGGAGCGGCUGAUUGAGUUCCUUGAACACAUGACGCAGAAUAAUAAGGAGUGUUCUAAGCUGGUCUAUGAUGCCUUGAUAGAACAUUAUAUACAUGUGUGGGCAAAAUCACCACAAAAUAAAAAGAAAGAAUACGAGGAAAAAGUGGUCCGUAUACUACGAGAUCCUGAAGCGAACUAUGAUAAGGACCAUAUGCUUAUCAUCUGUCAGAUGCUCGAGUUCCAAGCGGGAGUCCUGUUUCUGUACGAAGAGAACAAAUUAUGGCGUGCUCAAGUCGCUCUACAUCUCCGUAACGGAGACUUCGAGAGUGCUCUAGCGGUGUGUCGCCGUCGCGGCGAUAUGUGUCCCCGACUGUGGCUCGACGUGCUGUGGGCCCCGGCACCGCCCCACUGUCUGCCGGAACUGCUCAAUGUUAUAGGUACGCAAUAUACAUAUACAAACUCCGAGCUGUGUCCGCGACUGUCGCUCGACGUGCUGUGGGCCCCCGGCACCGCCCACUGUCUGCCGGAACUGCUCAAUGUUAUAGGUACGCAAUAUACAUAUACAAACUCCGAGCUGUGUCCGCGACUGUCGCUCGACGUGCUGUGGGCCCCGGCACCGCCCCACUGUCUGCCGGAACUGCUCAAUGUUAUAGCUAAGGAUAAACUGCUCUCUCCAAUUCUAGUCAUUGAUUGUCUGACCAGCACGCCCAAAUAUACCUUAGGAGAUGUGAGAAAGUAUCUAACAGAUGUACUAAAAGCCGAGUCCGACGUAAUCACUCGGGAGCAGCAGCUCUCUUCUAAAUACCGAGAGGAGAGUGAGCGUAUGAAGGAACAAACCACCGCCCUGCAGAACAACCCCAUCGUGUUCCAGUCGUCCCGCUGCGCCUUCCGCGCCUGUAACAAGCCGCUCGAACUGCCCACCGUGCACUUCUUCUGUCAGCACUCUUUCCACCAGUACUGUUUCCAGACGUACAGCGAGUGCGAGGCGGAGUGUCCGCUGUGCGCAGGCGCGCGGCGCCGGCCCGACGAGCCGCAGCACACCGCCGAGGCGCUGCACCACCGCCUGCACCACGACCACGACCCGUGA